CCUAAACAUUCUCCUUGUAAUCUUUGCAGCUUGUAAUGGUUACAAUUUUGACAAAUGUGAAAGAAGUAGCCGGACAAUUUAAGGUUUCGCAUUUUCAAACAAAUAACAGUAGAUGGAUUUGCCCCCAUCCUUAUUCUUACAGUGCAUGACUUGAUGUCUAGUUUGUGCCAUUGUGUUACAUAUUUGUUAAUUCUAUUUUUAGUAAUAUAGUCCAGUUGUAUUUGCUAUAUUCAUCAAAACAAGGCAAAAAUCCUAUUCCGGUGCCUGUUAGAUCAGGUCCCCUCUGUAAUUUCGCAUCUAUUGCCUGUUCUUCCAUCUUUUUCUAGGUCGAUCCUCCUGUAUAGCAUUGAUUUAUAUAUGCAUACAUCCUUGCAUAAACCCAACCCUGAUCUUAAACAAUCUUUAUUUUGUUUUUCCAUAUAUUGAUCAAAAUUCUUCCAUAUAGUGCUCUUUUGAUCAAUUCAUGGAAUACCGAAAUCUAGACAUUACACUAAUCUCCGCCAAAGACAUUAAGAAUGUUAAUCUCAUAUCCAAGAUGGAUGUUUAUGCUCUCGUUUGGAUCGAAGGUGGUGAUCCUAGGGCCGUAAUAAGAACCCCUGUCGACAAAGAAGCUGGCCCUAACCCUACGUGGAACUUUUCAAUGAAGUUCGCCAUUAAUGAAGCUGCAGCUCAGCAGAACCGCUUGACAUUAGUCAUAAGGCUCCGUAGCCAGAGGGAUCUUGGUGAUAGGGACAUAGGAGAUGUCCGUGUUCCGAUCAAAGAAAUCAUUGGACAAAAUGUGGGAAAUGAUAAGGUUGAACAGUUGAUGAGAUAUCAGGUUAAAAGACCUGAUGGAAGAACGAAAGGGGAGCUGAAUCUGUCGUAUAAAUUUAGCGACAAAAUUACAGGAGAACAGGCUACAGAAAAAUCCUUGGACGAGCCUGUUACUGCUUAUCCAGCAAAACAUGCAGAAGCCGCGCCAAGUUCUGGAUACCAACCGCCACCAGCAUACGCCUAUCCAAGUGGCGGAUAUCCUCCACAAGGUGCUUAUCCUCCUGUAGGAUACCCGCAACAAGGUCCACCACCUGUAGCAGGGUAUGGAUAUCCACCACAACAACCCUAUGGUGGAUAUCCACCGCAACAACCUUAUGGCGGUUAUCCAUAUGGGCAUCCGCCGCCCCAACAAGGGUACGGGUACCCGCCUGUGCAGCAACCACCUAAGAAGAGUAAGUUUGGCGGCGGUUUGGGCAUGGGAUUGCUGGGAGGAGCAUUAGGAGGGAUGUUGAUAGGGGACAUGAUUUCGGAUGUUGGAGCUUAUGAUGCUGGUUAUGAGGCAGGAUUUGAUGAUGCUGGUGAUGAUCUUGAUUUUUAAAGAAUGAGUAUUCUUUUUAAUGUUGCGGUUUCUAUGGACUGAGAAUGUAAGAUACCUAUGCAAUUGUCCUGACAAGUCUUCUUAUGCUUCGGCUUAAAUUUGAUUUAUAAAUGAAUGAUACUUUUUUUUUUUUUUUUUUUUUAGCCAGAAUAAAUGAAUGAUACUAAGAAUGUAAGAUUCAUGGACAAUCCUCCAACCAGUCUUCUUAAUGUGCUUUGGCUUGAAUUUGAGUAAUGAAUGAAUGAUACUUCAGAGCAAUCUCUAUCAUCUUCGUAGCAUUUUCCACAUUAUAU